UUAUGUGCCAUUCAUAUCAUCGUUUUGCCCGCCCUACCUUUUGCUUUUCCUCUAGUUUUGGAGCCUUUUUAUCCGUUUAUUUUUUCGUAGCGCUUUUUCGUGAUACCUGAAUGACCAUUAGUGAUUUCUGGAAGAACUUUAUCCUCUUUUCCCACCGUCUACCGUCUGAAUCGUGCUCAUUUGAGUGUUUUUGACAACAGCAAACAAUGAUAGUAUCCUGACCGGGACUCAGUCAUGUCAACACGAGAAUUGUUAAUUUUUUACAAUUCACUCGUUUUAAUCGCCGUAUUUUCAUUCGACCGUACCUCGAGUUUUGAAUUUUUAAAUGUGUCCUCUUCGGUAGCUGUGACCCUCUGUGAAAAUGUAACUUUAGAAUGUAAAGGGAAGCCCCCUACGGCCAACAUCUGGUGGAUUGCAAAUGGUGAUAACGUCACGGCUGAUGGGAGAAUAUCACAAUCUUUGAAUAAGAGUGAAGAUGAGACAACUACUUCUGCUACUCUAUUCAUAAAGUGUGCAAGCUUUGAAGAUGCCGGAAAUUAUAGUUGUAAUGCAGUUGAUGUUGAUAGUGAAGAAGAAUCUUCUCGAACAUUGGUUUUGGAUGUUGGCAUAAAAAAUGAAGUCAAAGCUUCCAAAGGUCCUCGUGUCAAAGCGGGAGACAAUGCAACCUUAUCUUGUACCUUCACUGGCUCAAACUUGCGUGACUUCAAGUGGUCAAAAAUUAACGACACAUCUGUAGUUGACCAUCCGGAGGAAAAUGGUGAAGUUCGCCCAAUCAAUGAAACGUAUGUUGAAACUUCACUCCAUCUACAUCAUGUGCGGACUCAGAAUGAUAAUGGGACCUAUAUUUGCCAAGCGAACGGUUUCAAAGAUAAAGUUGUGGGAAUAGUUCCUUUGUAUGUUUUAGAUGUUCCGCAAGUCAAAAUUGAUGUGGUGAAGGUCGUUGGAGCUCGAAAAAUAUUUGUCAACUGGACUAUCAAUGAUGGAAAUGAACCUGUGAAAGAAUAUUUUAUUUUAAUGAAAUCUGGCUCUUCUGAUUGGUCUUAUUACAAUAAAGAAAAAAUCAAACCCGUAAACAAUAGCUAUAUCUUGAAAGACCUUGAACCAAACACACCCUAUCAGUUGAAGCUUUCUGCCAGGAAUGAUAUUGGUACCAGUAAAACAGAUGUUCUUGAAAAUCCCGUCACAACUUUAACCAAAGAUCCUGAUUUUGUGCCAGAGAUUUCACUGAAAGGCACUGCUCCCAAUGCAAUCAAUGUCGGGUGGUCUCUGCCCCCUCUGGACGUUAAAGACCAUGUACACUAUUAUCAGUUAGUUCUAUACAAUAACGAAACCCGGAAAGAAGCAAUUCAACCCGCAGAGCAACUGAACAGUUUCAUGUUUCAAAAUCUUCAUUCUGCCACAACCUAUACUUUCAAGGUUGCUGCUUGCAGUGAGUACACACAUCAAUGUGGAAACUGGUCGGAAGAGCUAAGUGGCACUACUAUGGAUGGAGUCGCUGGACCUCCAGAAAAAGUAGUUCUUGUUUGCAAGAUAGACAACGUCAGCCGCUCAAACUUUGUUUAUGUUUCAUGGGUUCCACCAUCCCAGCCUAAUGGAAGAAUAGUUCACUACAAUGUUGUUCUUGAAGGCAGUGCCAACUUUCGCAAUGAGCAUGGCAAAUGGGAAACAAUGACAUGGGGUCCCAAAAUCGUGAGCGUGGAUGAUGCCUCCGCUCACAAUGCUCGUUUUGACGGAGUUCCUGCUAACACGAACUAUACGAUUAAGAUAAACGGAAUAACAAGAACAAGAGGCGGUGGCAAAGAAGCGGUCACUCAUUGUAACAUGCCACCAACAGUUCCAGACAAAGAAAAGCUAUCGCGGUUUGAUUGGGGUAAAGUUGAGGAACGUGGGAAAUGGUUGUUGAAACUAUUCCUUCCGAGAAUCUCGGAAAGAAAUGGACCCAUUUGUUGCUACAGGUUGUUUGUGGUUAAAUUAGAACCACACCAAAAUGUUGCUGAUCUCCAUGCCCCCGAGGAUUUAACAAUUUCAUCCUAUCAGGAUGUUCAUCAUAAUAAAAGAGGCGGCGCUUACCUGGCAGAUAUGUUUGACAGCGACUCUGUGAAUAGUGAUGUGUUCGUGGGCGAUGGUGAAACUAUCAACUCGAGCUCAAACAAAUCAACGUGCAGUCAGUGUUUAGGUCUGGAGUACAUGUUCCCAUCAAGAUUAACAACCACCAGCACUGUUGCCCCCACAACUACCACUUCAGCCAACACGGCUCCGUUAGCCAUCAUCCCGUCUCUUAUGACGACAACUGUGUCACCUGCUCGGAGAAAAAGGACCGGUGAUUUGCACAUUGUAGCAGCUCCUACUGAAACACCACAAAACAUAACCAACUCAUCAUUAGUCAUCUACGAUGGUUUGCUGGAUACAAACAGCAACUAUACUGGCUUCAUUGAAGUUAUGGUGAACAGUGGUGAUAAUUCUGUCAUCCCAGCCUACAGCAGUUAUUUUGCAGCCCUCAAACCAGGACCUCAAGUCUAUCAAGCUCGUUCCUCCUACGCAAUAAAACUUUUGUUCCAGGUGCUGUUGGUCUUCAUCUUCAUUAUGCUUGCGUUAAUCAUCGGUCUCUGCAUGCUGCAACGCUAUACAAAGCAAGUAGCAGAAGCUCAAGGUGUAGAAAUGACAUUACGGAAUUCCUUCAGACAUUUUUGUAGAUCGCUCAGGGGCAGCCACAUUCCUGUCUCUUCGAAUCCUCCAAAUAUGAUGCCGAUCGCCAAAUCUGACCUACCAGCCGCAGUUGCUGAUAGACAUAAAGAUUCUGAUUACAGGUUUCAGCAUGAAUUUGAGCUUCUACCGGACCGAUUUCCUGAUAGAACAACAAAAGCAUCUGAAGCCCAUGAAAAUCUUUACAAAAAUAGGUAUCCAGACAUCAAAGCUUACGAUCAAACACGAGUCAAAUUACAUCAUUUUGAUAGUAUAACCGGCUCAGAUUACAUAAAUGCAAACUUUGUAGUUGGAUACAAAGAAAGGAAAAAAUUCAUCUGUGCCCAAGGUCCAAUGGAUAACACCGUUAAUGAUUUUUGGCGGAUGAUUUGGGAGCAACACUUAGAGAUGAUUCUAAUGUUGACCAACUUGGAAGAGUACAACAAAUCUAAGUGUGCCAAAUAUUGGCCUGAUAAAACGGACGGUACCAAAAAUUUCGGCGAUAUUUCUAUUCAACAUGUACAAGAAAAACGUUACUCAGACUAUAUUGUUCGUGAAUUGAAAAUGACUCGACCCGGCGGUGGUAACAAGGAAGCAGAAGAAAGGAGUAUUUUCCAGUACCACUAUUUAGUUUGGAAGGAUUUCCAAGCCCCAGAACACCCCUAUGGUAUUCUGAAAUUCAUCAAAAGAAUGAACGAAGCUUAUUCGUUAGACAAAGGCCCAAUUCUGGUGCAUUGUAGCGCUGGAGUUGGUCGAACAGGGACGCUAGUUGCCCUUGAUUCAUUGGUGCAGCAGUUAGAAAAUGAAGGUCAAGUCGCGAUUUUCAACACGAUAUGUGACCUAAGACAUCAAAGGAAUUUCCUCGUCCAAAGUCUGAAACAAUAUAUUUUUAUUUAUAAAGCUUUGUUAGAGGCGUCACUGUUUGGCGACACAGAAAUCAGUGCAUGCGCUUUGAAGAAAACAGUAGACAAUUUGAAACAAAUAGAGAACGGCCGAGAAAAAUCUGGGUUGGAAUUAGAAUUUGAUAAAUUAAGUAGCUUAACGGAAGAUAAGAAAAUUAGCCCAAAUGUUGGUACAAAUGAAGAGAAUCUAUCAAGAAAUCGCAAUCAGUCUGUGAUACCGUAUGACCGUAAUCGAGUAAUUUUAACACCAAUUCCCGGACGAGAUGUCUCAACGUACAUCAACGCUUCAUUCAUUGAGGGUUAUGAUAAUUCAGAAUCUUACAUAAUAACGCAGGAUCCAAUUCAAGAUGUAACUGUGUCAGAUUUUUGGAGGAUGAUUUCGGAGCAAAGCAUCUCAACUAUAGUCAUGUUAUCAGAUCUAGGAGAUGGUCCCAAAAAGUGUUUCCGGUACUGGCCUGAUGAUGAAGUGUUUCACGAUCAUAUCCAAGUCAAGUAUAUUCAAAGUGAGAGUUGUCCUUAUUUCACUAGAAGGGAGCUGUGUGUUACCAAUAUCAAGACUGAUGACAGUGUUGCUGUCACGCAAUACCAAUACAAUGCUUGGCCAACGGUUGAAGGGGAAGUGCCAGAAGUCACUCGAGGUUUAAUUGAGCUGGUUGAUCAAACCAACAACAACGAUAAUGGCCCAAUCCUCGUUCAUUGUCAUUGUGGAUCGGACAGAAGCUCAAUGUUCGUUGCUCUAAGCAUAUUAGUCCAGCAGUUGCGGACAGAAGGGAGAGUGGAUAUUCUGCAGACUGUCCGGAAGCUCAAAGCUCAGCGGCAAGCAAUGAUAACCACCUUUGCUCAGUAUGAAUUCUUACAUCGUGCCAUCGUCAAUUAUGCCGAUCUCCAUCGUCUGUGCGAAACCUCACCCGUCUCAUCUCAGUCACACUAAAGUUAAGCUAUAAUUUAGUUUGAAUCCAGUUGCCCAGUGAUUUUUUAAGGUCGAUACAUUCAAACCAACAGAAAGAAGCCAACCCAAAGAUAACAUUAAAUUUUUAAGUUUGAAAAUAACAUGAAGACAUGUAGCCCAAUUUAAUAUUAAAUCCAAUUGGUAAGGCUGAAAUUUAAGCUGUGACUUUUCACCGUAAAUGAAACAAACUUUCAGCCCUAUAUCUACUUAAAUUGUUUAACUUCAUUUUUUUUCUCUAGUAAUGUGGGUGGUAUCUUUUGGUUAAAUUUGAUCAAACUUUUUGUCAUUUUUUAAAUAAGCGUUUUAAAAAUCGAUUAGACUGUAAACAUUUUUUAGACUGUACUAUUCAUGAAUAAUCAAUGUGAAAAGUUUUUUGCAGAGUUGUGGAGAAAUUGUUAUCACUCAUAAAACUUGAUUAAGUGUAAGUUGCUUGUUACCAAAAAUGACUUUCUUGUUCUGUGGACUCUUUCGCUAAGGGUAUGGUGCGCAAAUAUGGUGUAAAUGCAUUUCAAAGGGCAGAAUAUUGUCUGUUUUUCAUCUUCAGUCAUUUUUUUUUUCAUGACCAAUGACUUGAAAAACUUGCCAAAUCUAGAAGAUCAUAGUCUCUGGAAUUUUUUUUUUUUUUUUUUUUGGCACAACAACAAAUUGUUUUACUCUCUUUCAUUCGGUGAAUGAAAGUUUUUAUUUCGAAUGCUCUGAAUCAUUGUGUUAAGUUUUAACCAUGGAUGAACCUCUAAAUCCAGUCAUUUUUGUUUGUUAGACUUAAAACAUCAAACCUGAGAUUUCUCGUUUCCCAACUCACCACAAAAAUGUUUUUAAUUUUAUCUGAUCCCCUUCCGAUUUUCAUUGCAUGAUUCCAGUCAGGUGAGCAAAUCUACUAUUUAUAUUUUAAAAAUGGUGCUAAAAAUAAACUAACAAAAUUAAUAAAACAUAAGAUUUGUAUAAAUUCUUACAGUUUUGCAAUUAAUCUUUAAAGGACGCUUAAUUUUUGCUUUAUUUUCAUUCUGGCACAUUGACAGACAAGGAUGAAAAACAGAUUGUCUCAUUAAAGAAAAAUCCUUUCUCUUUUAAAUCUUAUCUAUUCAUUCACAUUAUCACUUUUUGCAUUAACUUCAAUACAACCGUUUUCCCUCAAAUGAGUAUCUUUGUAAAAUUAUAUUAUUUAUGUUUCCAUUAAUUUUCUUUUCCCUCUAUAUGAAUACAACUAACUAGAAAAAAAUUAUAAACUUGAAUAGAUGAAGAGAAUGACGAUCAAUACCAAUAAUGUAUUAAUGCCUGAAAGAUGGUGUGGAGUUUUUUCUCUUUUCGUCAAUAGGUCUCCAAGGAAUAUUUAAAAAAGUCACUAGUAUGGGAAGGGAAUGCAUUUACAUCGUUUUGCCUCUCCACUUAUUAACUGUCUUGGAACAAGAUAAAUUAUCGCUAUUUUCCUUUUUUAAAUAUCUUUGUGUAAAUAUGUAGGUAUUAAUGCUUAAGUAUUUUAUUUCUAUUUAUUUCAAGUUCUCAAGUUUUAAUUUUUUACUGCCUUUUUUGUAAUUCAUUGCUUUCACACAGUUCAUUUUAUUUAUACUUUUUAUACUUCUUUUUUGUUUUGUCGCAAGUGAGUUGACAACGUUUUCUCUUCGUUUUAUCUAUUGUCUCUUCUCAUAUUCCACUAACUGUUCCUCUAAAUGUUCUAAUUAAAUAUUGUAAUGUAUUUGGGAGUUUAUCAAAGAUAUUUUCACCCAUGAAGGGGAAACGGGCAAAUUCCAUUUGCCAAUCAAGCAACUUUCCUAUUUUUUAUGAAUUUAUUAUUUUUCAAUUAUUCGCAUGUGUAACAUAUUUUUCUUUAAUGUUUUUUCGUAGCUUAAAAACUGUCCAACUGUCAUCAGAAUCAGUUUUCUCCAAGAAAGGAGAUAAUUAGUCAUCAGAACCACCUCUUUUCUCUCAUUCCUUGUUCUCUUAAUCAUUUAACCAAGACUUUUCCAGCAUUUUAUAUCUUCUAAGCUGAAAUCUUGUUACUGCUUUCCGAAAUGACCAUCUAGAUUGUUGGUGUCAAUGCUAGUUAAAAUUAAUGAUUCUUAUGUUUUUUUUAGCGUUUGAUUCUUUGAUUUCUGUAACUAAUGAUAACAUACAAAAGAAUUCAGUUCAUUCCAAAGGAUGCAGUGAAAUGUACGCUUAAGUUAACAAGCUCUUAGCAUUGUAGUCUUUCUGUGAGCUUUUUACAACUACCGUUUUCAAUAAUUUCUCAUUAUGUUUUGACUACUUUGGACGGAUACUGUUUAUUUGUAAUUGGAAUUUAAGUCUUAAGGCACAAUUUGGUUUUACUUUGGGAGUAUAACCUCACCGUUUCUAAAUUAUUCUUCUCUAUUAGUAAGUAUAAUGGACAUAUUCAAAUGAAAAGGAACUGUAUCCAUUUUGCCAUGAGCCCUGAGUGACAGGGUUCAUGUCACAACGGGUAUACUUUCUUUUGAUUAAAGUAUGUCCAAAUGAUGUGCCGACAAAAAAGCAUUUUACAAUUUUUAUACGAAUGUACGUUUUUACAAAUUUUCUAUUGGAAUCUGUAUUUAAUGUAAACUUAACAAAAGUCUGAGUCUGCAUUUUUAGAACCUUUUUCUUCAUUUGUAAUUAUUUGAGUAAAUGCAUGAAAUUGGAACUAAUACUGAGAGCAUUACCCAUUACCACCAUGGCUUUUUGAGGUCUUAGUGCGUUGCAUUAGUCAGCUACUGUUCGAAGUGUCUUAAUUUUGUGGUUGUAUCCUGCAACGUCUAUUUUCAGUUUCUCAUCCUCCUAACGAUGGUGAAACAGCAGAAACGCUGAUUUCGGUUUUGCAACGUUGCAGACCUCCCGUCAUACUUUAUUUACUACAUGGAAAGCUAUUCAACAUUAUUUCUCGAAGACUUGGUGAUUUUUCUCCUCUCUCUGCAAAAAUUUACAGCCAUCCUGUAGGAUGGGUCUCCCCUUUUGAUAAAUAAAGUGAAAGCGGAUAUUUUAAAAUGACGUAACCUAGAUACGCAUUUUUGCUAUUUCACUGUCGAUGAGCUGCGUGUGCUAUUUGAUAAAAUCUUAAUGCAACAAAGGUGUUUCAAAAAGUUAUCAGUUUUCUGUCGCAACUUUUAAUCAGAAAUAGAGAGAUGUCCUGUGUAGGUCAUAUUUUAAGUAGAUCAAAAAAAGGAACAGUACUGCUCCAGUUAUUUUUUUCUGGGUGCCAUUUUUUUUACAAUUCUUUUUCAGAAUCUAGUAGAGGAUAUAGUCCUUUUACAGUCAUGGUGAAUGGAAAUGAUGCUUGAAUCCGUUCUUGCUCAGUUUUGUACCCACUGAAAAAGUCUAUCUGGUAUGUCUGGUAGCUUUGUCGAGUUUUAAAUUUGUACAGUUAACAUUUUAGGAUCGCUUUUAUUCAGGAAUAAUUGCAUAACAUACCAUUCUCUGUGAUACAUACUCAUGACUUUCUUCUGAUUCAUCAUAAACCAAUGAAAUUCCCAGUCUUAAACGUCAUUUGCCGAACAUUUAUUUCAGGAACUUUCCUGCUCUUGAAUUGGCAUAGAACAGUUAGUGGUUCACUCAUGACCCUUAAACGUAGGAGUUGAGCGAUAUUUUCCCGUCUCAAAUGUAGCGCUACCUCAACCAAAAACCUGAACGUUUUGGCUGUAUAUAAACAUCCGGGCUUACUCAAGUUUUUUGCGCACAAGAACAAUCUUUAGAAUUAUUCCUACAUUGUUUUUAAACAAUUCAUUGAAAACAUCACACGUUUAAAAACGUCAAGCAACUUCAGUGCCAAAUAUUUCUAUCAUUAACAUAAGAUUUCCUUCAAAUGUACAGGUAUCCAUUAAUCUAACCUCAGAAGUCAUGACUGUAAAGUUCUCCUUUUUUAUUGUAAUUAAAUAAUUGGUUAAUGUAUACAGAUCUUUCGUAAAACAUGCUUUAAUCUACAAUGCAUUUAACAUAAGUUUCCAUUUUUUUACUUUUAUACUCUCACAAUAUUAGUAUUGAAUCUGAUAAAAUGUUUUUUCUUUUUAAAAAAAUAGAUAUUAAUGUAAGUUUGUCAUUUAAGUCAACAAGUGCAAGGUUGUUUGGGGGCCCUUGAUAUCCUGUUAAUUUUCUUGAUCUCAAAAAUGCCCAUUUCUUUUUAACUUUACUUGCACUUAGUGAGCAAAAUACGCACAUUUCAUGUAAGCUUGAGACCGAAAGUAAAAAUGGUUGAAAUGAGAAAUGGCAAAGUUAUGUAGGUAUCUGUGUCAUUCCUACAAAAAUUGGUAUUUUAGGCAAAUCAAAUCAGUUUGUGUUGCUUUGCCAUCUGUUUGUAAGAUCAUCGCAUUUUCAGACAAAAUAGAUGCAGACAGACAAGGUAUGCUGCAUUUUCAAAAAUUAAUACUGAUUAUUGAUACUAUAGAUUAUUGAUACUUGAUAAGAAGAAAAGUUAGUGCUCAGCGCUUACGGUGAGCAACUUACGUAGGAUAGAAGCAUCAGAAAAGGCCUCCAUUAUUAACUGUCCACUCUGACCAUUCUCCCUCAGGUCAGCGCUUACGAGAAGUGUGUUUAGUUCUUUGUUUUGAAAUGUUAGGUAAAUUUUGUACAUCCAUCCUGCUAAAUAUUUCAAUUCUAAGUUUUACAAAUUACUGUGUGAUGCAGCUUUAUAAAGGGCACAUAUUGACAGUGAAAAUCCCAAACCUCUUAUCUUGGUUUGCAACAUUACAAACUUCCUGACAUACUUCAUUCUUUAAAACUUCUCAAUGGCAAUUCUUGAAAAUGUUGAUGAUUUUUCUUCUCUGCGUGAAGACCAUUCUGUGAAACUUUUAAGCCAUUAUGUUGAGUCAUUCCCCUUUAAAAAAUGAAAAAGGAGCGGAGAUUUUCGACUACUGUAGAAGAGAUCUAUGGUUCAGGAUUUUCACUGUCUAUUUCAAUAACCCUCUUAGGCUAGUUUCUUUGAUCAGUCAAAAUUUGCUGCUUUCUGUCCCCGAAUAUUUUAAAAGUAGGAACUCACUUGUUCGUUUUUGUUUUUGGAAAAAAUAGGAGCAAGUGAAAAGUCCUUUUCUGACCAAAAAAGCUCAUCUAGCUCAAAAGCUCAACUAGCUCAACCAAUGGCUUUCCAAGUGGUUUCGAGGGAUCGAGCAAGAUGAUGCAGAAAUAUUGAAGCACUUACUAGAAGAUUUGCUUUGAUUCAUACAUAUUUCAAAGGAAAAGAAUAUAUUCACCUUAAACAGAAUUUUUAAAUUUGUCGAUCCUUUUCUAGGAAAGCUGGGCUUUAUUUGUCACUUUCUAGACGACAAAACAUGACUACUUUGCAGCACUGCAAAAUUUAUACUCAUAAAUUGAGUUUUUGCUCGGAAAGUGUUGAACAUAACUAACCAAAAAGCUCACUAUUUGUUCUCCUGAUGACACACAACGAUCAGCAACAUUUUGGGGAAAAAAUCUCACAGUCAUGUAUCUGUAAAAAAUUGAAUUGUUGGAGUAAAUUUUGCAAUUUUGGAAUAAAGUUACUUUCCUUCAUUCGGGAAACAGCGAAUUUUGAUACUAGUUGUUUAGAGCAGCAAAAUACCAGUUAAAAAUCUAUGUACUGUCAACAAUUUCAAUUUAGUCAAAUGAGAUCUGAUGAAUGAUCAACACCAAUGCAGCAGCAUCACACCCACGUGUAAAUAAAUAUUCACACCAAGAAAUAUUCAGCAACUAAAACUAAUGUUCAAAUAAAAUGAAGCAGGUUAAUAAUUUCAUACUAUUUGUUUUAAAUACUUCAAAUUUGAAGGUUGAAAAUUUAAAGUGUAGUAUGUCUUAUAGAUCUUUUCUGGAAAGGAAGCAAUCACUUACUCUACCGCACUUAGCAACUUUUGCAUACCAGAAAUACCAUGCAAAUUCAUAUUUUUUGACGUAAAAUAAAACACAUGCAAUGUCCCUAUCAUCCUCUUUACAAGUAGAAGGAAAGAAGCAUAAUUACUCUAUUUUUGGUUUUAUAUUUGGUUGACUUUGACGAUCUUUUGAAUGUGUAGGCGUCUUUGCUGAGAAACAGAGUGUCAACUUGAUCAAAGUAUUCGCUCUUUCCGGAGCAGUCUCAGGAAUUACAAUGAUUUGAAAUUUAAAAGAAUUGAUGAUAAAACCAAAGAGGAAUCAAGGACUACUUUGGUAUAAAGGCGUACAAGCCUUUCAGUGUUGCUAAAAUUGGACAACUUAUCUCUUAACCUGAAAUUAGCCCAUUUAAGGAGAAAUUUUCCAAAUAUAAGUUUUCUAAAACUAUCUAAGUUGUCAAAAAAAAUUUCUAAAUAAUAAGCUUCCUAUGGAAGUAAUGUGACUGUAAAUUAAUGUAAUUCGCUAAAAAUGCCAUAGAAAAUUUUACAAUCUUAGCUGCAUUACAAGUCUUGUGUACGCCCUCUCACAAAAGGAGUUCUCAAUUUGUGCCUUUGAGAAUACUGAAAAAGAGGAUGAUACAAACGUUAUGAUGAUUUCUCGGGUACUUAAUUUAACUACAAAAAAACUUGUUCUUGUGCUCAAAAGUAAUGAUAGUUUAAUUAUAAAUCAUAAAAAAACAUAUUAACUUCUGUUGAAUAUUAAUCUUGAACAAACAAACAAAAAAUAUUGUAUCUUAUAUGGAUUUAUUGAGUAAGAUUAAUUUUAAUUCUAGUCGCUGUCAAUCAAAACAUUUUAAUUGAAUAAAGGACAUCAAUUUUUAAAUAGAAA